AUGUCUCAGAAACCCCUGCUGGCAAAGAGUUCACAGAUGGAGACCAGGGGCCUCUCUCUGUGGGGACAGGCUUUAACAGCCAGAGUUGGUACAGAAAUAUAUGAUGUCCCAAGCCUGGUGAGAAAACCCUCCUUGUCCACACCAUCUACACUGCAGCCUUUGGAAAGGAAAACAUCAGUGACGUCAAACACAGACUUUCAUAAUAGAUAUGAACUGCUGCAAAGUGCGAGAUGUGCGACUGCAACCAAGAAAAGAGUAGCCACAUUACCCCCAAUGACUUCCCAAGACCCCAAUUAUGACAUCCCAGUGCCCUCCAUCAGUGAGGAUAUUCAAAAGCCUCUAUGUGGUUAUAGUACCAUGCCAAAACCCUGUAAGUCUGAAUGGAUUUAUGACAUGCCUGUUUCCCCCCAAAAACAAGGAUGUGAACCUUGUUACUAUGGCACCAUGCCACCCAAAACUAUGAAUUCAAACAAGCCGCUUUAUGACACUUUGCCAAAUCACAGCUGGCCUGAAAACAGGCAUGGCCCCAUCCAGCCCCUCUAUGACAUCCCUAAACCGAGCAAUGCAGUGGUGCAGUCUUGUACAGAUACUGGGAAUGCAACAAAUUCAUGCAUCUAUGAUGUCCCACCUUGCCUUAAACAAACAGAGAGCCCUGUAGUGUUACCCAGAAAGCAAAGCCCUCCUGAAACAGACUCUAAAAAGACCCACGAAUCUCUUGAGUACAGGGAUAAACCUGGACCCAUGUAUGACCAACUUCACCAUUGGCCCUCAAGGGGCAGAACAACGUCCAGGCAGCCUGUGGAAGGAAUGAUUAGAAGGUAUGAUGAGGACAACAAAGACCACCAGAGGAGCUCAACGGUGUCCACCUCCUCCACAGCUUCCAGUUCUUCCAGGAGCUCAUGCGACUCUUUCAUGCUGAGUUCUCCUGAACCUGAGCCCUUGCGUGAGGUCACACUUUCACAGGAGGAAGCCAGCAACAGGUUGCUUGAGCUGCAAGAAGCAGUGUGCCAAUCUGUGCCCAAGCUUAUGCUGUUUGUCAGCAGCCAGUGGAGAACCAAAGAGCAUCUGAGUCAGCACCUCCAUCAGAUCCGCAUGGCCACCGAAGACGUGACUGACUCCGUCACCUGCUUCUUGAACUUCGCCUUGGAUGUCAGAGGUAACGCACAGCGGCUGACAGACUUCAACUUGCAGACCAGGCUUCUGAAGCAGCUCUCCAUCGUUGAAGACUCGGGCUUGAUCCUUCAGCAGGCUGCAAGGACUCUGCGAGAUCUGGGCUGGCUGCUAGAUACGCUAGCUCAGGAUGACGGCCAGUCACAGACGCCUGACCACCUGGAGCGCUUUGUUAUGGUGGCUCGAACCAUACCAGAGGAUGUGAAGAGGCUGGUAUCCAUCCUGAAUGCAAAUGGAAAGCUUCUUUUCAGAGUCCCGGCUAAGGAACCAGUAGUGGUGGAGAAUAUAGGCCCGUCUGAAAGGAGAAGUCACAGCAAAAGUGAACCAAUGGUAGACUCAGGAAUAGAUGAAAGUGAUUAUGUCCAACUUCAGACAAAGACAGAGUUCGACCAACAACCAAAGCCACCCAAAAGCAGUUUUAAAUCAAAGAAGAAUGGUGAUACCUUGAAAAAAAUGGUUUCCAAAUCACAGUCCAUUAACCCCUGCAGUCCACUCCAGACCUCCAGGAAGCCUUCCAUCUCUGACCACUGCCGGCUGUAUUUUGGAGCUAUUCAGAAGGCCAUCAGUGUGUUUAUAAGUAGCCUGAAUGAUGAACAGCCCCCUGAAAAGUUCAUCUCCCACAGCAAGAUGGUCAUCAUGGUGGGCCAAAGACUCGUGAACACUCUGUGUAGUGAAGCUAAAAAUCGAGAGGCCAGUGGGGAAAUGUUGUCUAUGAGCAAUCAGCUGUGUGCCCAUCUCAAGCAACUGGCCAUGGUGACCAAGAAGGCAGCUUUGAACUUCCCUGACAAACUGGCUCUCCAGGAGGCGCAGGACAUUGCCAAAGAGCUGGCUCAAAGGGCACAACACUUCAGAAUGUCACUGGACAUCUGAGCAGCAGUUUGCCAUCUGUUUGCCCAGUUUAUCGUGUGGAGGUGGUCUGGUGAAGACAACAUGGUAUUUGUGAAAUAUCUCAAUUUGUGUGAUUUGUAUGCGAGUCUAAACAAGCCACCCUUAAAACAAGCUCCUUUUUUUGUUCAACCUGUUAGUCUGGAUGAGGAGGCAGUGUUAAAGGUAACAAAGGGACAACUUUUAAUUAUAACCUCAAAUAAUGAC